UCCAUCUGCGUGACAAAACACGGAAGUGCUUUGGUCUGUUGUUGACAGGUCUUUUCUGUCCUGUGUUGGGCCUCGCUACAGCAUUAGCAACGGAUGGAAAUGUCUCCUGCAGUAAAUAUAUAUUUUAUAGGAGGUUAUUAUCCGUUAUGUUUUUAGAUAAUAAUUCAUAUUUAACCUGUUUUAUCUUGGGUGAUAAUCACUGGUCAGCUAGCUAGCCAUGUUAGCCAACGUUAAUUUACAAAUUCUGGACAGGCUAUGGAUUAUUACUCCUAGUUAAAAAGCUUGUAGUAUAACAAUAUAGAAUAUUGGAACCAUAAUUUAAAAGGGUAGCUAAGUAUCUUCUUGUUUAGUCAGAUAAUGUAUGUAGUUAAUAUAAUAAGUGGCUAGCUACCUUGACUUAAUAACUUAGUACAAUAUUUAUGGUUAAUGAUAUUCGACAGGUAUUGUGACAAGUGAAAUUAAAACUUUGAAGCUAAUUAAAACAAUUUUUCUUGUUUCCUUAUAGAUGUCAGUGGAACUCGAUGUGUUUGUGGUUAACACCACCAUUAUGGACGAGGAAGUCUAUCAGUUAUGGCUGGAUGGCUACACAGGUUUGGCCCACAACAUUCACCAACUCACACACAUAUAGCUAUACUAUACACAGACAUCCAUCAAAGUUACUUAAUCAAAUUAUCUAUGACAUAAACCGUGAAUCCUGUUUCUUUUCUGCCCCAUCCUCAGUGAAUGAUGCAGUGAAGGUUCGUAUGGAGGGAGGGGUAUUGGAGGGGUGUGAAGCCAGUGCUGAGGUUCUGCACAGUGACACCAUGGAUCAGUACAGAACCUUCCAGAUGUGUGAGCGCCUCCUGCACAGCCCUGCCAAACUGGCCAAUCAGCUGUUGUUCCAGAUCCCACCUCAUCGCCAGGCCAUGCUCAUAGAGAGGUGCUCUACCAACUCCUGAUACACAUCUUUAUAUCUUAUCUCCCUCUGCCUUAAACGUCGCCUAAUCUGUCAGUCUGUCUCUCUCCUCAUUCCCUGUGUAAAGGUACUAUGCGUUCGACAGCGUGUUUGUGCGAGAAGUCCUUGGGAAGAAACUCUCAAAGGGGACCAAGAAGGACCUUGAUGACGUCAGUGCAAAGACUAGCGUCACACUGAAGAGCUGCAGGCGGCAGGUAGCAGAAUCCUAAGAGGGACUCUCCCAAUAACAAUCACUAUAUCUCAGACCUGUAACAUUGGUGAGACUGUCCUGCCUGUACAGAUUCUAUGAGCUCAACAGAGCUCUAGACACUGCUAUUUUCUGAAUUAUCACCUUUUUCUCCUAGUUUGAUAACUUCAAGCGUGUAUUCAAAGUUGUGGAGGAACUGAAGGGACCCCUGGUGGAGAACAUUCGUCAGCACUUCCUUCUCUCUGACAACCUGGCCAGGUAACAGUAGAAUAGAGUGGAAUUUACAAUUCAAUGUGAUAUAAUCUUGUCUCCAUUUCUUUUUUACACUUUUUAUGGUUUUAUAAAACUCUUUAUGUCUCCUCUUCUCAGGGAUUACGCUGCCAUCGUUUUCUUUGCCAACAAUCGCUUUGAGACGGGGAAGAGGAAGCUGCACUAUCUUACAUUCCAGGACUUUGCCUUCUGUGCAGGGCAGCUCAUCAGCAACUGGACCGUGGGAGCAUUGGGUGAAUCCCUGAUCUAUCAGAUGUGCAGUGCAAUCAGUCCUGAUUCGUUAUGAGGCCUGCAUUAAUUGAAGUUCUGCAAACAAUUAUACAAUCACAGCACUGUAAUAUAAUAUGGCAAUAUCAAAUGUCUGAAGUAGUUUGUCUUCUCAGAUAACAUGGUGGAAGACAUGGACGUGGAUCUUGAGAAGGAGUUCUUACAAGAUCUAAAAGAACUGAAGAUUUUAAUCACUGACAAGGAUCUGCUUGACCAGCACAAGAGGUAUGAGAGUGUGGUUCAUUUGUUAUUGAUUGCCUGAUUUGUAUGUUAAUGAUUGGUUUUCUUUGAGUUCCUGUCAAGAAUUCACAUAAAGAUUUUUUCUCUUCAUAUUGUGUGUGUACAUUGUGUGUGUUGUAUUAUUAUGAAUGAUAAUAUUUGCUCUUGUUCCUGUUUCUCUUGUCCCCUCUGCUCCACUCAGUUUGGUGUGCACAGCUCUCCGGGGGAAGACCAAAGCGUUUAAUGAGAUGGAAGCCAACUUCAAGGUGAGUGACGACACAUGCUUGUGUUUAUCCAACAUGGCUGCUAUAGCAACAACAGACCACCCAGUUUCAUAGGAGGUGAUGUCCAGUCCAGCCUACUACAAACAUCUGUAAAUCAGUCAAUAGAAAGUGUGGUAACCAUGGUUAUAUAGGGUCAAAUGUGCACAUAAAUUGUCUAAUUCAAACUGUUCACAAACAGUUUGAAUUAUUUAUAAACUGCAGUAUCAAAAACCUUGUAAUUAUUUGAUAAUUAUUUGAAACAAACUCUUCUCUCUAUUUUCGUCCAUAGAAUCUCUCCAGAGGCCUUGUCAACAUUGCUGCCAAACUAACCAACACAAAAGACGUCAGAGACUUCUUCAUUGACCUGGUGGAAAAGGUACAUUUAUAAAUCAUUAGUAGUGUCGUAGUAAAUCUUUCAUCUCUAUAUUCAACACUGGCUCUGGCUUAUGAGGCCAAUAAGGUCUACAGACAUUUGUGCUACCCAUGAGACUGUGAUGUCAUCUCUCCCUCUCCGUUCCUCCGUUCCUCCCUCCCUCCCUGCCAGUUUAUUGAGCCGUGUCGGUCAGACAAAUGGACAGCAGGAGACAUGAGGCUCUACCUCACUCACUACACUAACUCUGCACACAUACUCGACACAUUCAAGUGAGUAUAAUAUAGUUGUUAUACAUAUUAUGCUGUCUGUCUCAUCAAGGCCAUCAAGGUGACAUAGGCUGCAGUUGUAUAUUUUUCUUCAUAUUCACAUCCUAGUUGUCACCAGUGGGUGUCACUGCAUCUCCCUCCAUGUUUCUUUAAACUAUAGUUACCUUGUUUCUCGCACAGCCAUUCUGGAAUGUAGUUAACGGUUUACACAACCCUGCACCACGACACACUCAACAAAGACAUAUUCAUCGGACAACCAUAUUAAAACAUAGGCCUCUCAUUAAACUGAAUGAACAAAGAUCACUCCAUAUUAUGAACCUUGGCCAGCUCUCAUAAUGAGAAUUUGUUUUGAGCCUUCUCUAUUCUCCUUCUCUCUUCCUCUCUCACAGACACCAGGAAGUGUGGGACAGGUACAUGGGAGUGAUAAAAAGCUGCAUCCUCAAAAUGUACCAUGACUGAGAUGUUUCCUUGCUCAACUAUCUACCCGGAACUUUCUGUCAUCUUUCUAUUGGAGUCGUGUCUUCUUUCCCUCCUUUCCUCUGCAAUCGUCAUGUAAAUCCUCCGCUCCGUCUGUCAGAUGUCUUCCUCCUCUAAUGCCAGUUCCCACAUUUCUCCGUCCUUCAUGCCGUUAUGCUGUUUUUUUCCCCUCGGUCUCUUCUGACGACCUACUUUGCAAUGUCAUCAUGUAUAUCACAUCAUUUUUAUUGUAAAUAAAGUCAACUCAUUAUAUACUGA